AUGUCUGGAGAGUCGAAGUUGGAGAAAUAUUUUGGUGAAGGUUUAACGUUUCAGUUCAUGAACAGGGUCGUGAUUAAGGCUAUUUUUAGAAUCGAGAAUGAAAAAAAGUUGAAGUGGAAGAAAUGCUUCUUGACACUGACGCUAUCUACUUUACCUUUCUAUACAAAACUUACAUUAGAAAACAUCGAUGGAAUAAACGGCAAGCUUCGCAUUUCUUUAGUUGAAGACGAUACGAGCUUUCUUGUGUAA